AAAAUCGCGCAUCGAUUACAUAUAAUUCAUUUAUCAUGGUUCAAUACAUUAGUUUUACAUUUUUCGUGGUCGUCUUGAUCGCUGUUUAUGCAUUUCCCGUAGAAGGAGAAUGCGAUAAAAGCAAAUGCAAAGGACCCUUAAGAUUCUACGAAGAUGUAUCAUGUAAACCGGUUUAUAAAAACGAGGGUGACUGUUGUCCAUACAAGUACAACUGUGACCAUUUGAAAGGAAGAUCAACCGAUAAAUGUUAUGCCAAUGGACACGAGUACAAUCUUGAAGAAACUCUCAGGAAAGAGGACGCAAAGCCCUGUGAUAUUGGUUGCUUCUGUAAUAAAAAUGCAGGAGUUGCUGAAUUUACUUGUGCUAUUGUUGAUUGCUUUACUCGUCAUCUUCCUGACUGUUAUAAUCCUAGAAAGGCAACCCAGUGCUGUCCGGGGGCCCCAGUUUGCCCUAAAAAACCAGAGGAUUGGCCAACAUGUGAAGUCGAUGGAAAAAUAUACAAAGCCGCUGAAUACUUCUCACCAGCCGGAGAACCGAAAAAAGAUUGCUAUUGUGAUGCUGGAUACAAAGGUGAAAACGUUGAACCAUUCUGCAGAGUCAGAAUCAAUUCCGAAUGUGGAAUUGAACUCCGUCACUCGGACGAACUUCAUAAUAACUAUCCACCUGUUUACUACAGCGCACAAUCACCCCAGACAGACUGCCCGGUAGCAUACAGAUAUCAGAAUAGUCAAGACAAAGUUAUCAAGCCCGAAGGAACCACAGCUUCAUCAGGAGGCAGCGAGGAUGACUCAGGCUCCGAAGAUAUGAUGUGUAAGUUUGGAACUCUCAAGAUACGUCUAGGAGAGGAACUCAACCAAAAAACAAAUUAUGACUCAGUUUGUGUCAAGUGUGUCUGCGAAGUUCCUCCAGUUCUCACAUGUCAACGAUUACCUGAUGAUAUAUGUGAUGUUACUGAUCAUCCAGAUUUUACAAAUGUACACUAAAUCUGUGAAGAUGAUUCAUGAGCUGUGGAAAAUAAUUUGCAAUUACGUUGAUAUUCGUCAUCAUGUUGGAAUUAUUCCACCAAACGAUUUUCGGCAAUGUCAUUUAAAAUUUAGGAGACUAUGCCAUAAAUUUUGGACAACUAUUUUUGUAUCACUAGCUGGAAUGAAAGAUUUAAAAGAAAAUAAACAGUUGCUCAAUAUGUUAUCUA